CAAAGCCAACAUCAAGCAUCAAGGGAUGUCGUCUUGUCCCAGUUUGCCCCUUUCAAUGUCCGUGGUAUGUGCUUGGAAUUGCAGAGGACCACCUCAACCAGUUGCCUGAUCGGCACCACCCGCAAACAAAGGGGCUCAAAUGAACCAACGCCAUCAAACCCAAUGCGGGGGGAGAACGCACCCUCGAAGCCUCCUCGCCUGCUCCCGCAGCUCACGUGUCAACCUCGUAUCGCCAUAGACACCACAUCCAUACCCUAAGCAGUAGUGGGUUCAAUGCAAGUCAUCACGAAAGAGACAAGAGAAGGACGAGGCCAUCACCACCUCUACUGUCUUUUGCAAUCGGAUCGAAUGCGUGUCGGCCCGUUAGAAUAACCAUCUGACCACAAGGGCCAGAUACAGACACCCUCACACUUGCUCUCUUAUUGAGUCCAUGACGGAAUUCAGCCCGAAAGACACGAACAUCCACGCGUGCCGAUGUCUUCUUCCAGCUGACUUCCAACUACCGAAACCAAGAUCUCUCUUUGAACCUUUUUCUCUUCUUCACGAGGCUCGUGUUGACAUCUACCGGCUUCACAGUAGAGACAACCGAAGUUGCAAGAGCAGUAAGCCCGGAAUGUUCCGCGUCACUGUCUGCCAACAUUCGGACGCCUGGUCAGCCGUUGUCUGUUGCAUAAGCAAACACUUCUCUGUUAUAAAUAUAUAGUCAAGGGGAGGUCGCUGGAACAUGUCAGUCUCUGGCGCAUCGAAACCGCAGGGCUUGGUAACCGGAAGACCUACAAUGGGGUCAAUUGAAACAAAGAGACCGUUCGAAAAGGUUGUGAUCGUGGGAGCCGGUCCGGCCGGGCUACUCCUCGCUCUUAUGCUCGCGCAGCAUAACAUCCCCUCCCUCGUGCUGGAAUCAUGGGACCGACUCGACGAGCGACUUCGGGCGACGCAAUAUGGAGUCCCUGCGACCAGGAUAUUCCGUCGAGCAGGCAUCCUCGACGACAUUCGUGAUGAAAGCAUUACCAGCUUUCCCAGCAUUUCCUGGCGUCGAGUUAGCGAUCACCAAAGGCUGACGGGGAUUGACCUCUCCGUAGUCAAAGACCAUCCCGACCGCAUGACAAUCCUACCUCUCAACCAGAUCAUUCGGAUCAUGUAUCGACACUGCAUGGAGAAGACCAAUGGGCUGGUCGAAGUCAAGUUUAAUCACAAGGUCGUUGGAACAGGUCAGGACGACAAAUGUGCCUGGGUUGAUGUCGAAGCUGGAGCAGAGGGAGAGGUUAAGGAGAAGAAGAGAUUCACCGCCGAUUAUGUUAUUGGGUGUGACGGAGCCACCAGCACAGUGAGGAAAUCUCUGUUUGGCAGAGAAUGGCCUGGCCAGACGUUUGACUUCCGCUUGAUGGUUCAAAAUGUUUGGUACGACGGCUUCGAGAAACAUGGCUGGGACGGAGGCAAUUAUAUGGUCGACUCGGACUUCUGGGGCCUGAUCGCAAAACGAGGUAAAGGCGGCCUCUGGCGUGUCACCUACGGUGACAGCGCAGUCGGUCUUUCCGAUGAGGCGUACCUGGAACGGCGGAACACCGCCUUUAAAAAGUUGCUGCCAGGCCACCCCGACCCUGCCGAAUACAAAAUCACGCAGACCGACCAGUUUCGGAUCCACAAUCGCUGCGUCGAGAAGAUGAGGGUGGGACGAAUCAUCCUCGCUGCCGACGCUGCCCAUGUGUGUAACCCGUUCGGUGGUUAUGGUUGUAUGACCGCAGUUCUGGACGUUGGUGCCCUAGCCGACUGCCUGAUCGGCCUGUACGAAGGGAAGGCGGACGAGAGCAUCCUUGACCUGUACGCCGACAUCCGCCGCGAGAAGUUCCUGAAAUAUGUGGACGCAAGAUCAAUGAAGAACCUGAACAGGAUCAUGCACUCCGAUCCCAACACGGUUGCGGAAACCGACAAGUUUUUGCAACUGCUCAAGGGUUUGGAAGGUGACGAUGGAGCGACGAGGGCAUUUCUGCUGAAAUAUUCCAGCAUCGAACACGACUUCACCCAGUACUAUAAGCAAACGUAAGGGGGAUGCAGAAGGAGAAAAUCCCACACACUUCGACCGAACCGACGGGGGAACAUUUCCGCCAGCCAUCGUUGGCCGUUCUUGACCUUGGGAAAAGGGGGCGUGAAUAGUCGUGCUCGCAUAAAGCGUGGCAAAUAGACUAGUAAUGCUUUGAAAUCCUUCAGGACAGGGAAGAGCGUAGUCCAAAUCCCUGACAGAAGUGCAAGAAAGAAUAAUAGGAGACCACCUCGCUUGACGGGCUUCUGGACUAAAGCCCACUCAAUACGAGGAAAGAUCCAGCCAUCGGGUCGAACAGCAGAGUCGUUCCCUUUUCAGCGACUUCAAAUCUCGCGAUAUUUGGUGUUCUCUCCUCCUAUGUGAGGACCGAUUUUGGACGAGGAUGUCCCGGACUGCUUUGCCUGCAGUACUUUGGGUGCGAGAUGACGGUGGCGAUUGGCAGCGUCCAAAGGAGCAUUGGUAUGCAGGAGGUCGCUUUGUAUUAUUGGUGUUAGCCUUGACUCACACCUGCAAGCCCGUUUCAGCAUCCAGCGCAGGGUGCUGGCAGCGGCCAAUGGUCUUAGCCUCUCUA